AGACUGUUGAACCUGAUGAUGAAGCAUUUAAUAGAGUGGUCACUCUGGACGCCACUUCCAAAGGAUUUGCUGCUGAUUCCUGUGCUGUAAACAUGCAAAGGGGCUGGCGCAAAAUAUUCGAGAUGGGCGGUUCAAAGGAAAGUUGUGCAACACUCACACAUCUUUUCAAGCGUUGCGAAGACUCUGAGAUCAAAACUUUCGAAGAUGCCAAAGCACUGGCUACCUGGGUAUCCGCCGCUGUGGUGAACAUUGCUAUGGGUUCAUUCCCAUAUCCCAGCGCUUACCUGCUAAAUGGUAAAGGUAUGCUUCCAGCCUAUCCCGUCGCUGCUGCAUGCCGAUUUGUUGAGGGCGAACGCACCGACAUGGAGAUUGUCGAGGGCUUGAUGACUGGUCUUACUCAGAUGUACUACAAUAACACUGGUGAUAAGACCUGUUUCUCCACCAAGGAUACUGGUGCGUUCAGCGGCAGUGCUUGGGACUACCUGGCUUGCUCAGAGGUUAUCCUCGCCAGCGCUCAAGACGGCAUCCGAGAUAUGUUUUGGAAUGCUCCUUUCGACCGCGAAGCCAUGCGCAAGGACUGUCUGGAGCAAUACGGCAGUCACACCAAAUUCGACGUGGGAAGCAUCAAGUACGGCGGACGAAAGGCGAUGCGGGCCACCUCUAAUGUGAUUUUUACCAAUGGUGAACUCGAUCCUUGGAUCGCUGAGGGUGUGCUUCAGGAUGUGACUGACACAGUGGUGUCGAUCAUCAUUCCCAAGGCCGGACAUCAUGAAGAUCUCAUGUUUUCAACUAAGGAUGACCCUCCAGCGCUGACCGAUGCUCGCGAGCGUAUUCUCGUGCACAUCCGCAGAUGGAUUGAUGAGGUUACUGAGGCAUAUGAAGAGCCCUUUAUCAGCACCAACAUCGCCAAGAAAAUGUGGAUAUGGGACAAGGAGGAGAUAUAGAUAUUGCGAGAUGAAGCCAUUUCUGAUAGCACGUUACAUACCUGCACAUAGCUCGAGGGUGAUGGAUAGCACGAUAGGGCAUUGUGUGUCUUUCCAUUUGUACGUAUAGCGGGGUGCGAACGGUUUUUUACCUGUCUUAUGACUCCUGAGUACAACUUGUAAGAGCGAGCUAUUGAUGUGCUCAUCUAAGGAAUGUUGAUCGGCUGCGUCUGCUUUAUCCUCAUAAAAAAUCCUUAAGCGCUUGUAGAAUUGCACUGAUUAACAAGCGCUUUAAGGAUUUUUUUGUGUAAAGAUGUUAUACAAACGUUCAAAUCAAUCUACCCGACAAUCGCGACAUACAAUUGUGUUCGUGAUUAAUUCUUGCCUUGGUACAACUACGUUCUGAUAUAUAUGAUCGUAAUGGUUAAUGACUUGAAACGUUUUAAUAAUGACUGAAAGGCCUUAUGUACAUUGUCAUUUGGCUAUGAUUAAAUGUAAAUAGGUUUUUAUUUUAAAAAACAUAACGACCAAAAUGAGUAAAAGCAUUUAUUUUGUUCAGUGACUGACAAAAGAUAGUUGCUCAGAACUUCAGUGUUCGCAGGGAUCACUCACACAGCAGCAUAUAUAUAUAUAAAUAUAUAUAUAUAUAUAUAUAUAUACUUAUUUUAUAUAUAUAAAGAAUAAAGACAACUCGAUGAGUCUAUAUUGUUGUACUCUCGGUCUAUUUUGUCUGACCUCUGUCUGCAACUCUGCUCUCUGCUCACUGCUCGUGUGCUGCUGUUGUGAUCAGUGAUCCCUGCGAACACGGAAG